AUGAUACGUAAACGUGACGGUGAUGCUCCCGGUGCUCCUCCUACUCCUGCUCCCGGUGCUCCUCCUACUACUGCUCCCGGUGCUCCUCCUACUACUGCUCCCGGUGCUGCUCCUACUACUGCUCCCGGUGCUCCUCCCGCUGGCGGUUCCGCUGGUAGUACCGCUGCUGCCGUCAACAUUUUAAGCACAGUCGAUCCAGCAGACCUAAAGAAUUUGAUCACGGAGUUCUUAAAUUCGCCAGUCACUCCAGGCGCACCUCCAACCACCACUAAGGUCGGAAAAACCAAGGCGCUGGAGAUGUACGCUAAGGUGGAAGAGGCUCAGAAGGCCGGCCAGAUGGCGCCGUUGUCACCCAGGGCUGCCCAGCUCUUCCUUCGAAUUGUCAAGAGGCUCGAGGGUACCGUGACUGGUGCCAGUGGAGCUGGUGCGAGUGCAGGCAAGUCAUCUAAGAAGGCUCGUCGGGCAGCACCUCCCCCAGGAGGAGCUCCUGCUCCUACACCAUCAACCGCUGGAUCAACUCCGGGAGGAAAGAAUAUGAAAGACCUCUUGAAAGCUUUCAUCGACACCCUUCCCGAACUCACUCCAGGCGCCGCCGGCGGAUCCCCAUCACCUGCUCCAGGCGCUGGAGCCGCCCCCGCUUCCUCGCCUCCGUCGACAGGUGCUCGAGCUGCCAAAGGCAAGAAGUAA